AACCCAUUGUAUAGAGCUGAGGAAACCCUGUGCCGUGAGCAGCCAUCUUGAGCCAGGAUAACCUGCAAACCUCUUCUGAACAGCUCCAAAACGCCUAAAGAUUUAAUUCCUGAGCCACCAUGGCCACUGCACCAUAUAACUACUCCUACAUUUUCAAAUACAUCAUUAUUGGGGACAUGGGGGUAGGAAAGUCCUGUUUGCUUCACCAGUUCACAGAAAAGAAAUUUAUGGCAGACUGCCCUCAUACAAUCGGCGUGGAGUUCGGGACGAGGAUAAUCGAGGUGAGCGGACAGAAAAUCAAGCUGCAGAUUUGGGACACGGCAGGACAGGAGCGCUUCAGGGCCGUCACCCGCUCCUACUACCGCGGGGCUGCGGGGGCACUUAUGGUCUACGACAUUACCAGGAGAAGCACUUACAACCACCUGAGCAGCUGGCUUACUGACGCCAGAAACCUCACCAACCCCAAUACCGUCAUCAUUCUCAUAGGAAACAAAGCCGACCUGGAGGCCCAGAGGGACGUCACGUAUGAGGAGGCGAAGCAGUUUGCUGAGGAGAACGGUUUAUUGUUUCUGGAAGCCAGUGCAAAAACAGGUGAAAACGUUGAGGACGCCUUCCUUGAAGCCGCUAAGAAAAUCUACCAGAAUAUCCAAGAUGGCAGCCUGGACCUGAACGCCGCCGAGUCAGGGGUGCAGCACAAGCCCUCGGCGCCUCAGGGCGGUCGGCUAACCAGUGAACCCCAGCCCCAGAGGGAAGGUUGCGGCUGCUAAUGACCAAGCAAAAGCCCCACAGCUCCGCCCCGCCCGCGUUCCUCCCUUCUUCUUUAUCCGUUCUGCCCGGCCUCCCUUGAGCAACCCCUCCAUCCAUUCCGACGCCUUCGUACGUUCAUCCCUCACUGCACCAGGAGCUGUGUGAGAGCAGGGCUGCGGAGGAAAGGCAGGGCGAACAUCGACUUAACGCCAGACCGAGCUGGACUGUGUGGACUACAUCUCUCCCUCGUCCUUUUGCCCGUCUCUCUCUUUGUUGCCGUCUCACUCGUCCUAAAACUGUCCGUGUAUUUCUGUCCCAUAACGCCGCUGUUCCGCUCCCUCCCCCACCCCCCCGCUCAGUCGUCCUCCCUCCCAUCAGUAGGAUUUGUAGGUGGCACCACGAGUUACUGGUCACUGACACUUUAGAUAGACUCAAUGUUCAAUCGAUAAUAAAGCAAGACUGUUUUUUUUUAUGUUUGGUUUUAUAGAAAUAUAUAAAUAUGAAAUAUACACACUGCAGAAGUUUGACGCGCCACUUAUCAGUUUUGUUUAAAUUGAAUCUGAAUGAUAUUCCCAAGCUCUUCAAAUUUACGAUUCUUUUCACCGCAUCAUGCAGAUAAGAGAUGUUUCAUUUGAGCGAGGGCAGGAGGUCAUAAAGUAAUUUAUUAAUCAGCCACACGGGUAGCUCCAGAUGGUAUGAGUAGUUGUUUUUUUUUGUUUUGUUUUUUUUCUCCCUCUGCUUAGCAGAGAAGUAAUUUUUUUCAGUAACUCAUGAGAGAUGCAAUGAAGGAAACUCA